CUAUCUAAACUAUUUUAAGUCUUGUUGUCACGACGGCAGCCAGAGAGAAAAAGCUCCUUCAUCUCACUAAGAACUCAACUCUUCUUUUCAGAUCUGGUUAAGAUCGGCGUGUGUGGGCUUACACAGCCACGACGUCGGUCUUUAUCUUUUCCUUAGCUUUCUUUUAGUGUUGGUUUCCUCAUUUUUUGUCAGAGAUUUUUUAUGGAUAGUUGUGUGGUUGCGGUGGAAGAGGUUUUUCGGUUAGAACUCCAAUCAAAGUUAACAGAUCUAAUUGAUUAUGACGAAGAAGACGCCAGAUCUGGUAGAGCUUCGGUGUAAGCGGUGUGGAAUGGUGGCGUGGUGGUGUGUGGGGAACAGAACAUGUUUUAACAUCUCUGAGAAGUUUCAGGUUGCCUUGUCCCGCUCUAGGAAAGAGUCAUUCUCGCGGCCUUCGAAUAGGUGUAUUGUCCGGUUGGUCUUUUGCUCUCGGGUUCCUCGGUGGCUUCGACUGGUUGAAGCAUAUUAUAAUGAGGUUAAGGGUAUUAAGCUUUCUGAUGAAGGUUUGUUUGAGGAGGGAGCUUGGCCCCAGUUGUUGUUUUUCUCUGGUUGGUUUCUGAUGUUUUUCUUAUUGGUUCUUGCUCGGUACCGUAAACAAGAGAUUCAGGUAAUUUUAGUUAUGUUUCGUUGUUAUGGCAACUGCAUCGCUUCCUCUCUCGUCAAGAGUUCCGGCUGUUCAAAGCGUAGAAGGAUCAAUAUUGUUAUCCCUUGUCGAGGAUUGUCUUUAGCUUUGGUUAUAUGAGUCUAGUGUCUUCUUGUGAUUCUUGUAGUUUUAUCAAGUGUUACCCUUUGUUUGGGUUCAAGUCACUCGUUGUUUGGGUUCAUGUCUUCCAGUUGUGGGUUAUAGGAUCAAUGAUAGAUUAAAUUUUGUUAUUUUCUUGUCACAUAUCUAAGAUAUCCAAUAGACAAGAUAAAAAAUCCUCACAAUUUUAUUCAUAC